GGGAAAAGAAGGAAAGUGACGUAGUUUUGCUACGUGUCAGGAAGCUCUGUAGUCAACAUGGCGGCGCAGCAGGGAGAUGUGGAUGAACUCUUCGAUGUGAAAAAUGCUUAUUAUAUCGGCAGUUAUCAGCAGUGUAUUAACGAGGCUCAAAAGGUGAAGCCGUCAACACCCGAGAAGGAGACUGAAAGGGACAUGUUUCUGUACAGAGCAUACAUAGCCCAGAGGAAGUAUGCUGUUGUCCUGGAUGAUAUCAAGGCCAACUCUCCACCCGAGCUUCAGGCUGUCAGGAUGUUUGCUGAGUAUAAAUCCAAUGAAAGCAAAAGAGAUGCUAUUGUUGCUGAUCUAGACAAGAAGAUGGCAAAGAGUGUGGAUGCUACCAACACCACUUUCCUCCUCAUGGCUGCCUCCAUCUACUACCAUGAGAUGAACACGGAUGCUGCUCUCAGGACCCUGCACCAAGGAGAAAGCCUGGAGUGCAUGGCAAUGACCAUUCAGGUGUUGCUGAGUCUGGAUCGUGUUGACCUGGCGAGGAAAGAGCUGAAGAAGAUGCAGGAGCAGGAUGAGGAUGCUACUCUAACCCAGCUGGCCACAGCUUGGGUUAAUAUUGCUGUGGGUGGCGAGAAGCUGCAGGAUGCCUACUACAUUUUCCAGGAGAUGUCUGACAAGUACUCCUCUACACUGCUGCUCCUCAACGGGCAGGCGGCCUGUUACAUGGCACAGAACAAGUGGGAGGAGGCUGAGGGAGUGCUACAGGAGGCACUUGACAAGGACAGCAGUCACCCUGAGACGUUGAUCAACCUCAUCGUGCUGACCCAGCACCUGGGCAAAGCUCCUGAGGUAACCAACCGGUACCUCUCUCAGCUGAAAGAUGCACACAGAUCCCACCCAUACCUUAAAGAUUAUUUAGCCAAGGAGAAUGAGUUUGACAGACUAGUGAUGCAGUACGCUCCCACCGCCACAGCAUAAGACAUCUGCUUUCACUGUAACACCUCAAUUAUGAACCAUAAAUUCUCUAUACUCUGUCUUUCUAACCUGCAUACCUGCAUUUGUUUAUUUUAACUUGUAAGAAAAAGUGUGUUUAAUUGAAGCUUUGGCUGUGUUAUUUGAACCAGAUCAGAUUCUGUCAGCCUUUAGUAUCCAUUCUUUAUAAAUCUGCAUUUCUCCUAUGGAAACAACACAUAAGUUUAAUGUAAACAUUCCUCUGAAAUGAUAAUAAAUGUUUAAUACCUGU